UACAAGGGUUCUCUGUUGAACACACAUAAUGUCCACCAUAGAAAUGCCCAUGGGUUAUGCAGUGAUGUGAUGGUGGGUGAGAAGCUCUCCAGGGAGCUGCCCUAGGACCCCUCCUGGGCAGAGGAGCAGCAGCCUGCAGUUAUGGGGUUUAAAGCUCUGGCUGCUUUCCUGCUGAUCAUUUCUUUGCUGAGGAUGAAUGGCUGUGUGCUAGAAGGAAGAGGAAGCCCUUGCAGCUGUAAAAGCGUGUGAGCAUCUCAUUCACAUGCUGCUUACCAGAGUGGUGCUCAGCAUGGGCACAGGGCUGGGAAUAUAUCUGCAUGGGACUUCCUAUUAUUAUAGAGGAGCAUCCUCUAUUAUUGUUGUUGUUGUUGUUAUUAUUAAAGCUCCAAAGCUGAAAUGAGAAUGGCAAAGGGUGGUGCUGUGCUUUGCAGGGGGUGGUGGUAGGCAAGAGGCCACAGGUGGAGAUAGAGGUGGAGAUGGAGUUGUUAUAUGAAUCAGGUGGGUUUAUGGAUUGUGCUGCAGAUCAGGAGCUCUGCAUUCACUGGGAAAGGACAGGCAGUAGAGGGGUUCCAGGGGCCCAAGAAAGAGGAGGACAAAGAUGAGGCACUGGCAGGUAAAAAAGUGAUAGGAACUGGUCACUGGGCUUAGGAUGAUGGAAAGGGACAAGGAGAAUCCACUGCCUUGAAGCCUGCUGAGGAAGCAAGUGAAGAAGGAAGGGAGAGGAAGGCAAACAGGCUGAGAUGCUUGGUGACUAAAGCAAAGACAAAGGUGAAUACUGAGAACCUGGGAAAGCUAGGACUGAGCUGUAGUAGUUUUGGAACACUGAAAGCAUAAAAACACUAACACUAUUUUAAGCAGAUAAUGGUGAAAGAUGAACUGCGGACGAGAAGACAGGAUCAAAGUGUUGAAUCACUGAGGUUCUGAAGCAGAAGGAUCUCCAUCUUUACAGAGGCAUUUUACUUGCAUAGGCAGGGGGAUGUGGUGCUGCUGCCUUUAGUGGGGAGCUGGUUUUGUGGAGGGCUUUGCUGCAAAGGACAGCGGCAGCUCCUGGCCAUGGGGCCCCCUUGAAAACCUGUGCUGCCCUCUCAGUCUUUGAAUGCAGCAGCCUGAAUCCACUUCAGAAACACCAGUGGCAUCUUUCUCUGAUGGCUUUUCCUUCCAGACCACAAACUGCCUAGAGGGACCCGACUCUGUGCUAGCAAUGGCCUCUCAGCAAGUGAUCACAGUCCAGCCACAGUGUUCAAUGGCCCCACGGGCAGGCGAGUGGCAGUCAGGGCUGAUGGACUGCUGCUCCGACUGCAACGUGUGUCUUUGUGGAACCUUCUGCUUCCCCUGCCUGGGGUGCCAAGUGGCUGAGGACAUGGAUGAGUGCUGCAUGUGUGGCCCCAGCAUGGCCAUGAGGACACUCUAUCGCACCAGAUACAACAUCCCGGGCUCCCUUCUGGGUGACUUUGCCUCCACUGUGUUCUGCCCCACGUGUGCUCUCUGCCAGCUGAAGAGAGACAUCAACCAGAGGAAGGAGCUGGGCAUAUUCUCGUAAGGUGUGUGUGCUGGUGCUGGUUUAUAAAGUCACUGCUGCACAGAACCAAAUGUGUUCCCAGAGUCUCUUCUAGAGACACCUGAGUUAAGACACAGGGUUGCUGUGAUGUCAAAACAGCAAUGACCAAGUGAAAGGGUGACCUGACCCUCAGCAAAAUGUUGCUGAGAAUCUCUUGAGGAUGGGGGAUCUGCUAAGGGCUCAUCACCUGGGUCUAACCAGCAGGGCUGGGACACACACACAGUGUAGCAAGGCAUGGCCCU